UGGAAGCUUAUCUCAUCUCUAUUACAAGCAGUGCUCUGGUGGUUUUAAGGUUUUGAUUGUCAGCUGUUUAUCACACUAAUUGACACUUACAUCAUCAUCUACCGCCCUCGCUCCCGACUCCCUUCUCCGUAAUUAUCAAAAGGGUCACCCCCUCGUCUGACCCUCGUGACCAGAGUGGAAUAAAGUAAUCAGAACAAACAAAGUAAAGUUACUUGACCAGCCUCGUUAUGGAGAAAACUAAAGCGUUCAAUGUGAAGGACGCAGACGAGUGGAUCAAACAUCUGCAGCAAUGCAGACCACUCCCUGAAGAGCAAGUAAGAGUUAUGUGUGAGAAGGCCCAGGAGAUUCUAAUCGACGAGUCCAACGUCCAAGCUGUCCAGUGCCCAGUGACCAUAUGUGGAGACAUCCAUGGUCAGUUCUACGAUCUCCUUGAGCUGUUCAAAAUUGGAGGAGAAUUACCAAAUACAAACUAUUUGUUCUUAGGGGAUUACGUCGACAGGGGAUAUCACUCUGUAGAAACAGUCUCACUUUUGGUCGCUUUAAAGGUACGCUACAGGGAUAGGAUAACUUUAUUGAGAGGGAACCACGAGUGUCGCAUGAGCUCUCAGGUCUAUGGCUUUUACGACGAGUGCUUGGUUAAAUACGGUAGUCCUAACGUGUGGAAAUAUUUUACAGAUUUAUUUGAUUACUUCCCUUUGACGGCCAUCGUCAACGACUCCAUCUUCUGUCUUCACGGGGGGUUAUCUCCCUCCAUUGACACGCUCGAUCACAUACGAGUUUUAGAUAGAAUUCAAGAAAUACCACACGACGGGCCUAUCAGCGAUCUGCUGUGGUCGGAUCCGGAGGACAGGGAAGGCUGGUCGGUGUCGCCCCGGGGUGCCGGGUACAACUUCGGCGAGGACGUAUCCAUGGCGUUCAAUCACAGCAACAGCCUGUCCGUGAUAGCCAGGGCCCACCAGAUGGUCAUGGAAGGAUUCAACUGGUGCCACGCGGGCCACGUACUAACGGUGUUUAGCGCCCCCAACUACUGCUAUCGCUGUGGCAACCUUGGCGCCCUGAUGGAGGUGGACGAUGUGGGCAGCACGAGGUUCUCACAGUACGACCACGCGCCCUCUCAGGGGCGGAUAUCGAUAACAAAGUCCGUACCUGACUAUUUUUUGUGACAUGCAUUCAUUAUGGAACGAUUCUGAAUUGUUACGCUGUGGUGUCCUCGAGUCGAGCUGUUCAUCUUUCCCCGCCAUUUUUUAAACUCUUUCUCUCCUAAUUGAUUUUGGAUUUAUUAACUUUAAUUUGUAUUGUGUAAAAAGAGCAUGCAUUCUCCUAUAAUUCAAUACCAAAUAUAACAUUUUCUGAUGGCAAACACAAAAGUUAUUGAAGUUUAAUCAAAACAGGAUAGUGAAACUCAAAUGAGCAAAAUGAAUAAUACUAUCGAAACGAGGAAUAUAAUUACGGAGAGAGAGUUAAUUCCCCGUUUUUUGUUCUAGAGUUCCAAUAGCCAAAGACUAAACUCUACCUGACAGUUUCAAGAAGAAGAAGAAAUCAAAGCAACGACCUCCAAUGUACUACAUUCUAUCUCGGAAUAAACGGGAGGCAUACAUUGUCAAAUUAGAAAAUACUAUUGGCAACGAAAAAAGAAAAACAUUGCAUUCAUUAAUCUUUCAAAGACUUCAAGAGAAUAAAGAUUUAAAGAUAGUGUGUUCAAACUUCAGGACAGGAUUGAUUAAAGAUCUGUGGUUUUUGUACUUAUAAAUGAAACAUAAACAAUUUGAACUUACACAGUAGAAAGCCCGAACGUCGAAAACAUGGAGUAAUAUAAAUUGCCACGGAUAGUUAACUAUAAUCUAAAUCAGUGUUUCCCAAACUGUGUUCUACAGAACCCUAGUGUUCCGCGAGGACUGAAAAGGUGUUCCACGAACUACUGGAAUAAUUAGCUAGAAAUACAUCACGUGAAUCAAUCUCUCAAAAAAAAAAAAAGAAUAGUGUUCCGCUAAAUACUCAGAAUGUGCUUAGUGUAUUUAUUUGUAUGGGGUUUGAGAUACACUGAUCUAAAUUAGAUGUGGUUUUUUUUUAAUGAUGCUUUUGUGUGGUCAUGGACUCACGGUAGUGACUUUGUGAGUAAGAAUGGGGCUAAUAAAUAUAUAACUCCCCUCCAAACAAAAAUGUCCUCCUCAAUACCCUUGAAUACGAACCUGCGUGAAGGUAAUGAAUAUGCAAAAUACAAUUUGAUUUUAGAUCUUCGAAUGUUUUAUUUACUGAAUAAACAGUACAUUACUUAUAA